UGGGCGGGCCCUUCCCUUUAGUCUUCUGCAGACCAGUGCAGCAGCAGCGGAAACUGGGAGCCUUGUAAACCGACCCUUGAAUUUUUGCCCAUGUUUUUAUUUUUUAUUUUUUAAUUUUCAUUCUGAGAAGCGGUUUUAUGCCAUUUGGAACCAAUCUUCUUUUGGUCUAUUCACAUGUGACUACAGAAACUCUUUUAGAAGCCUUUAUUCGAGCCUUUAAAAGACAUUUUGGUUAUGUGAUUUGGUAAGGUAGAUGUAUGACUCUGAACCAGCUUUUCAGAGGUCACAUGACCAGGGAAAUAGAGUCUUUUGAAAAAGGGAAAUGAGAAAAUAAAAAAUGAGAAGGCAUAAGGGAAGUAAGAAAAAGGAAAAUUGUAAUGUUUGCCUUACAGUCUUCUCUAAAUGAAGUUGAUGUUAAAUAUUGUAGCAACCAGCAUAAAGUGGAAGAUAAAAGAUUCAGUAUCCAUAAAACAAACCAGUUACUCAGAUUCUGUUUUUUUCAGAGAUCACCUUUGCUCCAGAAUCAACAAACUUCAUCUAAGAUUGGUUCCUGUAUGUCCCAUGUUUACAAGUCAGUGGAGUUAAGCCCUGCACACACAAGCUGAAAAGUCAAAUAAGGAAAUGAGUUCUUUCUUUUGACAGUUCUUGGUUGAACCCAAUUAUUAGGUUUGCUUGGACAGAAAAGUGAAGAGAAUGCUCCAUUUUAACCGAUAUCUGCAUCUGAAACAGAUAAUACAGAAAUGUUUUUCUAGUAUACAUGUUAAAACAGAUAAACAUGCACCGCUAUUUCUUUCAAGAACUGAUGCACUCACAGAAUUAAGGAAGUCAUGGUGUUCAACCCACUCUCUUUUGGGAGACAAAAAUAUUAUCCUAAUGGGACCUCCUGGUGCUGGGAAAACAACAGUAGGCAAAAUACUAGGGCAGAAACUAGAUUGUUGUGUCAUAGAUGUGGAUGAUGAUAUCCUUGAAAAAACCUGGAAUAUGAGUGUGUCUGAAAAAUUACAGGAUGUGGGCAAUGAGCAAUUUUUAGAAGAGGAAGGAAAAGCUGUUUUAAACUUCUCUGCAUCUGGAAGUGUGAUUUCCCUUACUGGGUCCAAUCCCAUGCAUGAUGCUAGCAUGUGGCAUCUGAAGAAAAAUGGCAUAAUUGUAUACCUGGAUGUACCCCUAAUGGAUAUAAUUAACCGUCUAAAACUAAUGAAGAUAGAUAGGAUUGUAGGUCAGAAUUCUGAAACAUCUGUGAAAGACUUACUUAAGUUUAGGAAACAGUAUUAUAAGAAGUGGUAUGAUGCGCGAGUUUUUUGUGAAAGUGGGGCUUCCCCAGAGGAGGUAGCUGACAAAGUACUGAAUGAAGUUAAAAGAUACCAAGAUGUGGACUCAGAAACAUUCAUUUCAACAAGACACAUUUGUCCUAAAGACUGUGAACAGAAGGUUUCAACAAAAUUCUUUAGCGAAGCUGUGAUUGAGGGCUUAGCUUCUGAUGGUGGACUGUUUGUUCCUGAGAAGGAGUUCCCAAAAUUAAGCUGUGGGGAGUGGAAAAACCUAGUAGGAGCAACCUAUGUAGAAAGAGCACAGAUACUGUUGGAAAGGUGUAUACAUCCUGCAGACAUACCUGCUGCCAGAUUGGGGGAAAUGAUUGAAAUUGCUUAUGGGGAAAAUUUUGCCUGCUCAAAAAUUGCUCCCAUCAGGCACCUUUCAGGCAACCAGUUCAUCCUGGAAUUGUUUCAUGGACCAACAGGAUCAUUUAAGGAUUUAUCUUUACAGCUUAUGCCUCAUAUUUUUGCACAUUGCAUUCCAACAAGUUGCAAUUACAUGAUACUUGUAGCUACUUCAGGAGACACAGGGAGUGCAGUCUUAAAUGGUUUUAGUCGUCUUAAUAAGAAUGAUAAGCAAAGAAUAGCUGUGGUCACAUUUUUUCCUGAGAUUGGAGUAAGUGAUUUUCAGAAAGCACAAAUAGUUGGCAGUCAGAGAGAAAAUGGAUGGGCAGUGGGUGUCAAGUCAGAUUUUGACUUUUGCCAGACAGCUAUAAAAAGAAUUUUUAACGAUUCUGAUUUCACUGGCUUUCUGACCGUGGAAUAUGGAACAAUAUUAAGUUCAGCUAAUUCCAUAAACUGGGGCCGACUGCUUCCUCAGGUAGUUUACCAUGCUUCUGCCUAUCUUGAUCUCGUUAGCCAAGGGUUUAUUUCUUUUGGAAGCCCAGUAGAUGUCUGUAUUCCCACAGGAAACUUUGGAAACAUAUUAGCAGCAGUGUAUGCCAAAAUGAUGGGAAUCCCUAUUCGAAAAUUUAUUUGUGCAUCCAAUCAGAACCAUGUUUUGACUGAUUUUAUAAAAACAGGACAUUAUGAUCUAAGGGAAAGAAAAUUAGCUCAAACUUUUUCACCAUCAAUAGAUAUUCUCAAAUCUUCAAACCUGGAGCGACAUUUACACUUGAUGGCUAAUAAAGAUGGACAGUUAAUGACAAAAUUAUUUAAUCAGUUAGAAAAUCACCAUCACUUCCAAAUUGAAAAGAUUCUAGUUGAGAAACUUCAGCAGGAUUUUGUAGCUGACUGGUGCACUGAAGGAGAGUGCCUGGCAGCUAUUAACUCUACCUAUAAUGCUUCAGGAUAUAUUUUGGAUCCACACACAGCUGUUGCAAAAGUGGUUGCAGACAGAAUGCAAGACAAAACUUGCCCAGUGAUUGUCUCAUCUACAGCUCAUUACUCAAAGUUUGCACCUGCUAUUUUGCAGGCUUUAAAGAUUAAAGAAAUCAACCAAACUUCAUCAAGUCAGCUUUAUUUGUUGGGUUCGUACAAUGCAUUACCUCCACUACAUGGAGCUUUAUUAGAGAGAACAAAACAGCAAGAGAAGAUGGAGUAUCAUAUUUGUUCAGCUGAUAUAAAUGUCUUGAAAAGUCAUGUGGAAAAACUAAUCCAAAAUCAAUUCUUAGGAAAGUUCUCUGAGUAGAAUAUCUUUUCUUGGUGAUAAGCAUGCAAUAAUAAAUCUCAAGUUGAUUUGGAGUACAACAGCAUUUGUUUCUAUGUAAAUGUACACAUAUAUAUGUAUAUAUAUUUAUCUGUUAAUUUUUGGAACUUCAGUAGCCUAAUUUCUAGGACUGAUCAUCAUACCUACACUGUACCUCCUUCAGUCCUUAAUCUAGAAGUGACAACUGGUGGCAUAGUGCAUGGAAACUUUUGCUAUCAUGCUUUGCUUUGUGCUCUUGAGAAGUAUAUCAGUUUCUACUCCCUCAUCCCCACUUUUAAUGGACCAAAAUGUAUUCAGUUUUGCAAUUUAAAAUAUUUAAGUACAGUUGUUAAGUGCUACACUUGUAACCAUUUACUAUUUCUCUAUUGGCUAGAAAGCUUUUAUUGCUCAAAAUAGCUAACUUGUUUGGAGAAAGUAGUAAGUUUAUCUAGUAAGGGCCACUAUUUGUAACCAUUUUCAAACUCCAUUUUGGACUAGAAUUAAUUGUGUGUAUCCUACACUGUCUAAAUUAGGUAAGUUCUGUGUCCUUCACUCCUCUUUGUUUAGUUAGGGGGAUGAAGUUUGAAAAGCAGACAGUAUUUAAAUCCAGAAUGUAACAGUCAACUACUUAGCAGUAGAUAAAGAAAUAAAAUUACCUAUUUCGAGAGGUCAGUUCUCCAAAAUUAAGUGUUAAUAAAGGUAUAUAUAUUUAUAUUGUUAUAGACAGCAGCUUUCCCAUAUUAUUGGAAUCCAUUUCUGUAUAAUUAAUCUAUCGACCCUUCAGUACACAGUGUUUGUUUUGUGUGUGUUUUUUGUUUUAUGGCAGCUAUGCAAACACUGACUAAUGCACAUAUUUAAUUUGCAUUACUAUGUAGCGACAAUAGAUUUUAACUAAGAUAUUUGAAAAUUUACUGAAUAUUUUAUUUCUGAAUUAAAUAUUGUCGCUGAAAGGACCCAUUAGUGUAUGGGCUACUCUCAACCACAAGAUGGCAUGCCUAACAUAAUUUGUCUUUCAUGAUAACAUUCUGCCUCAUUUUCUGGGAGAAUUACCUCCAUGAAGAAAUAAUAUUUAAAAGUUGUAAUGAUGAAAAGAUUUCAGCAAGUUAAUAAGCAGGAACAGUUUUUAGAAAGUGUUAAAUUAUGUUAACAUUAGAUCUUUGACUUCACUUCUAAAAUGUAAGUUAUGAAGUUAAAAAUAGAAAACCAAGAAAAAUAAUGGAAGUUUCAAAAUUCUGCACAUAUUCAUGCAUGUAUGUUUUUUUCUUCUUUUUUUCUCUGGUGGUACUAAGAAUUGAACCCAGGGCCUUGCACAUACUAGGUAAGCAUAUCCUCAGCUGUAUCCCCAGCUUUUUGAGGCAGGGUAUCACCAAUGCCAAGCUGACCUUGCAUUUGUGAUCCUUCUUCCUCAAACUCCUCAGUAGCUGGGAUUACGGGCAUACAACACCACCCUAACUGUGUAUUCAUUAUUUUAUAAUUUAAAGAUAUUUGUUUCAGUAGAUGAUAUAUUUACAAUAUGCAUCUGAAUGUUCAUUGUGUAUAAGAAUGCUCUAUUUUUGUGAAAGUGGGAAGGACAGUGAAAAAAAAAAACUGAUUUCUGUCCUGAAGAACUGUAGUUAACAAGAGAACACAAAUAUCGAAUCAUGCAACACGAGUUACUGCAA